GGGAGCCAGAUGCUCCGCUGUUUGUUGUAGGAGCAGAGCUGCUAACCGAGGUCAACGCGGGACCCGCAUAACUAGCUGAUCCCUGCUGCGGGACACAGCACCCCCGCACUGAGCACAGCAGAGACAGCUACCUCUAGGUGUUGGUUAUGGCUGCAAUUUAUCAAGCAGUGUAUAGAAGAGCUUCCUCUCUCAUCUGCAGGUUACACUCUACCUAUGUCAGAAAAAUGAGAUACUUAAAUGUGUUAAAGGAAGAUGACAGCCUUUGUAGACAAGCCCAGACCUCAGGAACUUUCUACCUCUUUCACAAUCUCUCUCCCUUCCUGCAGAAAGUUGGGGAAAAAUAUUUCGUACCACAGCUCAGUGCAGCAGAAAUUAAAAGGAUCCUGGAGAAAUUCAAAGAGACAGAACAGUGGAUAGAGAAGUCGGUGCUGAUCGGUUGUUCAGACGAGCACAUACCACACUUUGCCUUGGAUUUAGGAGCCCUGGAAAAAUCAGUCAUUGAGUCUCAACUCAAGGGAUCAUUUACUAACUUACAAAAGGCUCUCUUCGUAGUGGAUGGGAAGGAUUCUCCUUUGCUGGCUUCGGCUCAGUCCCUUCUCCAGUGGCACAAUUCCCACCAGUACUGUAGCAAAACUGGGCAGCCCACUCAAAGAAACACAGCUGGCAGCAAGCGUGUCUGUCAUGCAAGUGGAAUAACUUACUAUCCACAGAUGUCUCCAGUGAUUAUCACCCUGGUGUCUGAUGGGAGCCGGUGCCUCCUCGCACGACAGCCCUCAUUUCCCCAGGGAAUGUAUUCUGCUCUGUCAGGCUUCUGUGAUAUGGGUGAAAACGUCGAGGAGGCAGUCCAUCGAGAGGUGGCAGAAGAGGUUGGCCUAGAGGUGGAGUCACUCUGGUACUCAGCUUCUCAGCAUUGGCCCUUUCCCAGUAGCUGCUUAAUGAUAGCUUGUCACGCUCUAGUGAGGGCACAGCAGGCAGAGAUCAGUAUGAACAAGCUGGAACUAGAGGAAGCCCAUUGGUUUGGCUUGGAAGAAAUCAUGGAGGGUCUCAAGAGACAGCCCAGAUCUGCAAAGCAAAAUGAUGGUAGUUUUUUACCCUGGUUUCCUCCCAAACAGGCCAUUGCUCACCAGCUGAUUUGUGAGUGGGUUAAGCAGCAGACUUCCCAGCUGGCUUAGACAUGUCUUCAUCAAGUCUGUGAUUAUGCCAGAACUAUGAAAGUUCAAUAAAAAAGGCUUCCAAAGUUACUGAAGGCAAAGUCUAUGUUACAAUGAGGAUAGCACCACACUGAUGGCAGUCUUACACUCUGAUACAUAGACCUACAAAGCCAUUUCUAAACUAAUUGUCCUCAAACAAUUCCAUGAACAGUAGAUCAUCUUUGAGAUCCCAUGUCUUGCUGUAAGCAUACAAUAAAAUUCUUGGUUCCAAAGUAUCACACUUACUGUGACCAGCUGCUACUGUUGCCCAGCAACCAACAGAAUAAUGAGCCCCUGGCACCUGUCUCAUUUUUCACCAUUUAUUCAUCUUGGAUGGAUAUCAAAUGCACAUCUUUUCCAGAAAAAA